GUUUAUGAACGUACCUGUUUGAAACCAAGUACCAUUUGACGUUUUUUAUGUUAACCUCAUUUCAGUUAAUUUACUAAUUUUUUUAGAAUACAACUCGUAUCAUUUGGAAAUAUCUAACAAUAAAAGCAUAUAUUUAGCAAAUUUGAAAUUUAUUUAAUUAAUUGGCAUAAUGGGGGACAUGGGGCCAGCUGAAUAUUUUGUUUGUGGUGGAUUUGGUGGUGUAUGUACUGUUAUAGUAGGACAUCCUUUAGACACUAUAAAAGUAAGGCUUCAAACAAUGCCCAUUGCUCAGCCUGGGCAAGUACCUCUAUAUUCAGGAACCUGGGAUUGUAUGAAAAAAACUGUGAGGUAUGAGGGCUUUAAAGGUUUAUAUAAAGGAAUGGGUGCCCCUUUAGUUGGUGUUGCUCCAAUUUUUGCAAUUUCCUUCAUGGGAUAUGGAGUAGGUAAAAAAAUUUUUGGACCAUCUGAUGGAGGUGCUCUUACCUAUACGGAAAUGGGUGCAGCAGGUGCUUUUUCUGGAAUUUUUACCACCCUCAUUAUGGCGCCUGGAGAAAGAAUAAAAUGCUUAUUGCAAAUUCAACAAGGACCAAAUGCACCAAAAGUUUACAAAGGACCUGUUGACGUUGUUAAGAAACUUUAUAAGCAAGGAGGAAUCUCUAGUAUUUAUAGAGGUGCUGGAGCAACACUUUUAAGAGACGUGCCUGCUAGCGGAAUGUACUUCUUAACAUAUGAGGCCAUAAGAGAUUAUCUUACAAAAAAUGGAACAGAACAACCUGGAAUUUUAGGAACUAUUGUUGCUGGGGGAUCAGCAGGUGUAGCUAAUUGGCUUGUAGGAAUGCCGGCCGAUGUUUUGAAAAGUCGAUUACAAACAGCUCCCGAAGGCACGUACAAAAACGGAAUAAGAGAUGUAUUCAAACAGCUGAUGAAGACUGAGGGACCUUUGGCCCUUUAUAAAGGGAUCACACCUGUACUUCUGAGAGCUUUUCCAGCCAAUGCAGCUUGUUUCGUAGGAUUUGAACUAUGUAAAAAGUUCCUCGACUUCUUGUUUCCAAAACAAAAGGUUACAAAUGUAGACUCAAACAAGCAACCUUAAUAUAAUGUUGGUUUUUUAAGAUUAUUGUUAGAGUAUUCUAGAUUUAUGAACAAAUUAUUUUCAUGGACAGAGAUCAUUGAAAUGAAUUACUAGAAUAUAUAUAUAUAUAUAUAUAUAUAUAUAUAUAUAUAUAUAUAUAUAUAUAUAUAUAUAUAUAUAUAUAUACAACGUGCCUAAAUAUCUCAAAAGUUUUGAUUGAUUUAUAUGGCAUCAAAGUGAUGCAGAAUAAUUUAUACUAUUUAAUUUUCUUUAAAUUCAUUUUAUGAAUUAAUUUUGAAGAAUAUAUUUUUGCAAUUAAAAAAAACAAGAAAUUCUUUUGUUAUCAAUCAAUUCUCAUGAUUUCGUUUGUAAAAAAAACAUUUUCAAAUUUGUAGCAAUAAUAAAAUGGUGAGUAAUUUGAACCACCAAAUGCUAUUCAUACGAAUUUAUUUCUCUCUCUCUCUCUCGUCUAAUCAUUUAUGUUCCGUUUUUCCUAUGUAUUUGGUUUUUUUUCGUUAACAAUGUUUGGUAGAGUAUCAUAUUAGUAAUUUCUCUUCUUUCUUCAUUAGCCAUCUAUUUUGAUAUUUGUGUUUCUUUGUUAAUAUAUUUUGUUUUCCAUUCCUAACUUUUGGAUAGUUAUCGACCCCUCAGGUAUUCUAAUUCCUCUAUAUUAUACUAAUCUCACAUUUCCAUCACUCCAAUAUCUUGUUUAUUUCAGUAAUCAUGUUUUGCUGCUAUUACCUUGAGGUUUUCUAAAUUUUUCUUGUUCUUGAUGAUUAUUUUUGUCAUUAGUACAUUCAUGUUCCUUUGCUUCAUUUAUUGAAAACAGUCUCUUUCAUCUUUAAUGUCCAAUCUGUGAUUUUUUAAGGCGUCCACUGUAUACUGACAAUGGCGAAUAUAUAAAACAUUUUUUGAAUUUUGCAUGUUUAUAGAUUCUUCCUUAAAUUGAUUCAACGAUUCUACAUUUGAUUAUAAGUGAAAAUAAAAAUUACAUUUGAUAAAAAGGUUAAAAUAUCUAGUAUUCUAUUUUAUUUUCCAUAAAAUAUUGACGAAAGGCCUUUAAUUGGUUCAUCUUUCCUUAAAAUUAUCUUAUGUUGUAUAAACUAGACUAAAUUAAUAGGUUUACUAAUGAUAUGGUUAUAAAUGUUAAGUGAAGAAAACGUGUUAUCGUUUCAAUAUGUAUUUUAUACAAAUGGUCUAUUACAAAUUUAUUGUUAUUAAAAUAGUUUAUUGAGAAGGUACUAAUUUGCCAAGUGCAUAACAGUAAAUUUUAUCAUUCACUUCACAUCAUUUCUAGCAACUCCGCACGAUCUAGUCUUGGUUUCAUUUUUAUACUCAACUUAUUUCUAUAAUACAACAAAUUGUUGAAAUUUAUUAUUGUUAAUGCAAAUAUAUGACAGUAUUUUUGCGAUGUAUUUUUUACAUGAAAUACAUUUUUAGAAUAUU